GAUUAUGCCAUCUGGAUCAAAUACAACCAAUCCUAAAGGAAUCAACUACUAUAAAAACUUGAUUAAUGAAUUAAAAAAAUAUAACAUAACUCCCAUGGUAACUUUAUAUCAUAAUGAUUUACCAGAACAGUUACAACGUUACGGUGGAUGGCUGAAUGGAGACAUUGUCGAUCUAUUUGCAGAAUACGCUCGUAUAUGCUUCCGAGAAUUUGGAGACGAUGUUAAAUAUUGGAUCACGUUAAACGAGCCUUGGGGUACAGCAUCUUUGGGAUAUGGUUUAGCAAUUGGAGCUCCAGGUGUAUGGGGACCGGGUACCAAUACUUAUAUAGUUGGCCACAAUAUGAUUAAGGCUCACGCUGCAGCUUACCAUGUGUACACAAACGAAUUUAAAUCUGUCCAACAAGGAGAAGUCGGGAUUACACUCAACGUCAAUUGGUUUGAACCUCUCAAUAUAAAUAGUCAAUCCGAUCUUGAUGCCCAGGAUCGUGGCUUGCAAUUUCUUUUUGGAUGGUUUGCCCAUCCUAUAUUUGUGAAUGGAGAUUAUCCGGAUAUUAUGAAAGCCUUAGUCUAUAACAAAACAGAGGAAUUAACUCCAGGCAGUCCUUCUAGAUUACCAACAUUUACUCCUCCAGAAAUACGGAUAAACAAAGGAACCGCCGACUUUCUAGGACUUAAUUUUUACGCGUCGACGAAGAUAACCUCACGGGUUAACCAUUGUAACCCACCAACUUAUGAUUGUGACAGUGAUACCUUUAAAGAAGGAGACACAUCUUGGAACGGACAAUCCUCACCAAGUGGUCUGAGAAAAAUGUUAAAUUGGAUUAAGAGACAAUAUAACGACCCGACAGUGUAUAUUACAGAAAACGGUGCACAGGACAAAACAGGAACCCUUGUAGACACCGAAAGAAUAAACUACCUGAAGCAUUACAUAAAUGAAGCACUGAAAGCUAUUAAAUUGGAUAACUGUAAUUUAAAGGGAUAUUUAUGCUGGUCAUUAAUCGACAACUUUGAAUGGAUUAGUGGUUUUAGUGUUAAAUUUGGUUUACAUCAGGUUAAUUUCACGGAUCCUAACAGAACAAGAACCCCGAAGGCAUCGUCCAAAUUCUACGCCAAUAUCAUUAAAGACAAUGGUUUUCUAAUGAAAUAAAA